AUGUUGAAAGUGGCAUUUAUUAUUAUCGGUGUACUCUUGUCCUGGGCAGAGCCCAGUUCGGUGAGCCUGACUCGCAUCCAGUGCGAGAAGAACUCCAAAUUCUUCAGAACCAUGAACGUCACGUAUGUGAACAGCACAAUCUCCGCGGAUAUCGAGCUGGUUCAGGCCCUAAAGGCCGGCUUCCGAGGUCACGUUGACGUGCAGCUGCGUCUCAGCAAUGCCAAGAAGUUCCAGAGCCUGGUCCAGAGCGACACGGACUACUGUGAGCUGCUCUCGACCCUCAAGGACUCGCUCUUCCGGCGGUGGAUCAAGAGCGUAACCAAGAACAGCAACUUCAUGGAGAACUGCCCAGUUCCGGAGGGGCACUACUACCUCAAGGGCUGGCACGUCGACACGGGUCUGGUGCCCUCCUAUCUGCUGAGCGGGGACUACCGCCUGAGAGCCUUGGUCUACUACGGGAAGUAUCAUACCAAGAAGCAGUUGUUUCUCGUCCAGUGCCUGGUGGAGGCAACAAUGCAUAACAAAUAG